CGCAGUAAAGAGCUUCAGCCACAAAUCAACAAUUCUCUCCACCACAACAACAAACACACAAACAAACCCAGGCUGGAAUUGUCAACAAAUGAGCUCCUAUUUUGUCAACUCAUUUUGCGGUCGCUACCCGAAUGGCGCGGACUUCCAGUUGCAUAAUUAUGGAGAACACAGCUCUGCUAACGAGCAGUACCGGGACGCCACGGCGGUCCACUCCGGCAGGUUCGGAUACGGCUACAACGGAGUGGACCUGACGGUAGGUCGGAGCGGCGGCGGCCACUUCGAGCGCGGAUACUCCCCGAGCCAUUCGGCGGCGGCGACCCCCGCCGUGGACCCGUCCAGGUACGCGCAGUCCACCCACACCAGCAGCAGCAGCAGCGCAGCCUCGUCUCUGUCACCUGAGCCCAUGCCUUGCUCGUCGGUCGCGGCUCAGGUCGGCGAGUCCACGCAGCAACAGCAGCAGCAGCAACACCGAGGCGUGAAAGCCUCCAUUCCCGCUCCCACCUGCGCGACCCCGUGCCCGAGCCGGGAGUGUGGGUCCAAGUCCGUGGAGGAGGAGAAGGCGUCGGGCAGCGAACCCACAACCCCACAGAACGACUCCACGCAGCCUCAGAUCUACCCUUGGAUGCGGAAACUCCACAUAAGUCACGAACUGUCCGGACCCGAGGGGAAGCGGGCCAGAACCGCCUACACCCGCUACCAGACCCUGGAGCUGGAGAAGGAGUUCCACUUCAACCGCUACCUGACCCGCAGGCGGCGUAUCGAGAUCGCGCACGCCCUCUGUCUCUCCGAGAGACAAAUCAAGAUCUGGUUCCAGAACCGCAGGAUGAAGUGGAAGAAGGACAACAAGCUGAAGAGCAUGAGCAUGGCGGCUGCAGGAUACAGACCAUAACAGCUCCACCACUUUACAAAGAAAAAAAAAAAGAAAGAAAAGUUGGAGGUCGUAGCUGGACUUGAUCACCUCCGCCCUCUCUGUGUCCAACCGUUUUUCAUUUCGGGAUCAAUUAGAACUAGAGGAAGCCUAAAUUAUUUCACGUCACACACCAACACUUUGGGCGUGUGUCCUGUACAUGUGUGUAUUUAUUGUUCUGCCUCGUGAGAUUUUGGUGUGUAGCUUCGCCUCGUAUUUGUUCAGCUGUCUUCUGUAAAGAAAAUGUUUUUUCAAAAGACUUGAAGUUCUGUCAUGAUGAUAUAAAAAAAAAGUGAUGA